AGUUCGGCUGGCCGUCUGACUCGCCGGAAGAAUUGUCUGAGAAAAGGGAGAAAAAGGAAGAUUCAUCUGUGCGCCAGAGAAUCAACCGAUCCGAAGCGAGCAACUUUUCUUUUUUUUUUUUUUUUUUUAUCAAGAAGAAGUUUUCCGAAGUUCGAAAAAAAUCUCUCUCCGCGAAGAAGAAAAGAAUUUUCUCCUUGGAAUUAUUUCGCUCCCAGACGAUUUAUGUGUAUCCUCCUCUGUGGUAUAAGCAACACAUCUUAACCCACCGCCGAGAGGAAAGAAAAAUAAUUGCUUUUCCAAGCAAAACGAUCGUGUCAUUGAACGAAAAGAGAAGCGAGACAAAUAUUCCUUCUGUUUUCUCUUUUGUGAAAAAUAUAAAGAAAACUCGGACAGUUGUCGGGGAGUUGUCGUUUGGUGUGCUUUUGAUUAUAGAGAUCAUCAAACGCGAAACUCAAGUGUACCGUCGAGGCAUCUUUUGAGCGAAAACGGAGGGUCGAGCCAUCGUUGCGUUUUAUGCUUUUAGUCGUGGAAAGCUGUCACACGCCAAGCGAAGAUAUAGUCGGAGCGAAGUAUCUUCGUCUUUUUCAGCAAUCGCGUCGAGUGUACCGCCAAAGUGUACAUCGCGUUUAAGGUUCAGUUCUUUUUUUUGCUCGCGUUCGCGAGUAGUUGCCGCGGAGUAAGAGGUUUUCAUUUUUCAGCGAGCGAAGGAAAUAUCAUUCAGAGCUGUUUUCGCGAAAGUCGAAGUUUAUUUUCGAAAACGAUAUAAUAACAAGCGAAUGACAUAGAGAGAAGAUUACCGUGUCGUUGUUUCGAGCGCGCAAGGUGUCAGUCAGCGAGUGAAAGAUAAGUUGCGAGGAGAGAGAAAAAAGUUGCGCGAGGAGCAAAGUGAAGAAGAAAUCGACUGAUAAAAAAUCGACACGGCAAGUGCAAGAAGAAACAGCGAACAGAAAAGAGAUGCCAGGUAGUUUUCCGCAGUUUGACGAGAAGGAAAGACGAGAACUCGAAUCUCCGUGUGUAAAAACGAGUACCAGCAGACGAGUGAGUAAGUUAGUAAAGGAAAAGUUGAGCGGAUAACGCUGCAAGACAAUCCUCUUUUCGUGAGCACGAUCAGAUAGACGUGGGAUAAGAUUAAAUAGAGGAAAGGCCGGAGCGAGCAAACCAAGAGAUAAAAAAAAAAGAACAGAAGUAGAAACCUUCUGUUGUGAAUAAGUAAAAGGCAAAGGCGGCGUACAGAAAAAAAAAAAAAAAAGAAUAAACGAGAAACUCUUGCCGCGAAGCGAUUAAAGAAGUAGCAGUUAGAAGCAACGAAGGGCAAUGAUCAGAUAAGAAUGAAGAAAUUCGUAACGAACUUCGAAAUUAGCAUUCUCCCUCUUUCGUUCUCGAUCCUUGUGAGCUUGUUCGCCGUAGCGGUUUCGGGAAUAUCGACUAAACUUGUCGAUAUUGAGAGGAAUGUCGUCGGCACGCCGAUGCACAGCGUCCAGAUGACGCAAAAGAACUACAUUCAGUUUCUCAGAUGGGAGUUGCCGGUACCGGAGAUCCAUGAAUUUACAUUUUGCCUUUGGGUGAAGUCGACUGACCUCAAGCAUCAUCACUCGAUCUUUUCGUAUUCAAGGAACGAGGAGGAACGUUUGAUUCGAUCUUGGAUAUCAUCGCGCGGAAGAAGCAUUCAUCUGGAAAUCAAUGGCGUGGAGAUAUUUCGAAGGCCGAUGCGCGUACAAGAGCAUCGCUGGUAUCACAUAUGUCAAAGCUGGGAGAACCGGGUCGGUCGUUACGCCCUAUGGGUCGACGGACAUUUGAAGUUACAAGGUCGCUUCGAGAAGAUGAUUGAUCACGUAAUUCCGGGAGGUGGCGAUAUCGUUUUGGGUCAAGAAUACACGGACUUCAAUAAAGGUCUCGAGGAGGGUAUCGAGGGUUCGGUUUUGGGGUUCAAUCUUCUGCUGGCCUCGGCGUUCGAUUCUCUCGACGACGACCAGUGGAGAAGGCUUUCAUUCCAAUCGACUGACGAAGCCAGUCGCGAUGAGCAGGCCGCGAUUCCCGCGAAAACACAGACGAAAAUAGCGAUCGAGCACGACGCGGAUUCUAGAGAGACGCGUACACUUGACAGACUCGUUUCCGUUCGAUUCGCACUCAACCCUAAUUGGUCCCGAAGAAUUUUAUACAGCAACGACACGAAAACGACGAAGAUUCCCGCGUCACAGCAGCUGCGAAAUAACGGCACGCGAGAAGAAAAAGAAGAAACACCACCGAGUCGCAGACACGCGAUCGUCCUCGACGACACGAUAGGUGAAAUCGACUUGUCGGAGAAAUUGCCAAACGCCGCUUUGGGUCUGCAAUUGGUGAAGCUGUCUUAUGUCUACUGUCAGCUGGGCAGAGGCAGUCCACCGAUUGGCGGUCCACUGAUGCUGAUCUCAUGGAGCAGAACACCCGUGCGAGUAUUCGGUGGUGCCAUCAUAAAAAACGUCGGCAAUGAGUGCGGCAAAUUCUGAGGCAGUUUUCUCGAGCAUUCACGCGUGUGAGACAAAGAAGAUGAAAGACACGUGCCUCGUCAGCGGGAACAAGAUAAAAAUUUCCAACGCGAGUAACGCUUAUAUGUAGGUCGUAGGCAUUUACUCAAAAUGUAACACUCCGUAAUUGAGUUGGUGCCAUCGUAACGAGUCUAACGUAGCCAUUGAUAGAUUUUAAUUUUAGUUUUUAAGUUAAACUUAUAUAAUUUUUACUAGAAUAAAAACUGUUAUAAAAAUUUUCUGUGGUAUUUUCAGAAAUGAAAAUAAUUGCACAAUAGAGCGUGUAUGCACGUUAAACACAUGCCAUACUAUAUUGUCAGCAUGUGACUAG